AGGGGAGUCCGACUUCCUGUCCCCGAGACCAACGCGUGCGGGCCGGACCCCCCCCCCCGCCCCAAGUAGCUGGACGCCUGGGUCCGCCGCGUCCUCCCGCUGGAUUAUGUCUCGGAUCGAAUCCCUCACGCGCGCGCGGAUCGACAGGAGCAAAGAGCUGGCGAUCAAGACCCGGGAAAAGGAGAAGAUGAAGGAAGCCAAGGAUGCUCGCUAUACCAAUGGCCACCUCUUUACCACCAUCUCCGUUUCAGGCAUGACCAUGUGUUAUGCCUGUAACAAGAGCAUCACAGCCAAGGAAGCCCUCAUCUGCCCAACCUGCAAUGUGACUAUCCACAACCGCUGUAAAGACACCCUGGCCAACUGUACCAAGGUCAAGCAGAAGCAACAGAAAGCUGCUCUGCUGAAGAACAACACUGCCUUGCAGUCUGUUUCUCUUCGAAGUAAGACAACCACCCGAGAGCGGCCAACCUCUGCUAUUUACCCUUCCGAUAGCUUCCGGCAGUCCCUCCUUGGUUCCCGCCGUGGCCGUUCUUCCUUGUCCUUGUCAAAGAGUGUUUCUACCACCAACAUUGCUGGACAUUUCAAUGAGGAGUCUCCCCUGGGCCUGCGCCGGAUCCUGUCCCAAUCCACAGACUCUCUCAAUAUGCGGAACCGAACCCUGUCUGUGGAAUCCCUUAUUGAUGAAGGUGCAGAGGUAGUCUACAAUGAGCUGAUGAGUGAUUUUGAGAUGGAUGAGAAAGACUUUGCAGCUGACUCCUGGAGCCUUGCUGUGGAUGGCAGCUUCCUGCAGCAGCAUAAGAAGGAAGUGAUGAAGCAGCAGGAUGUCAUCUACGAGCUGAUUCAGACAGAGCUGCACCAUGUGAGGACACUGAAGAUCAUGACCCGUCUCUUCCGCACUGGGAUGCUGGAAGAGUUGCAGCUGGAACCAGGAGUGGUCCAGGGCCUGUUCCCUUGUGUGGAUGAGCUUAGUGACAUUCAUACACGCUUCCUCAGUCAGCUGUUAGAACGCCGACGCCAGGCCCUGUGCCCAGGCAGCACCCGGAACUUUGUCAUCCAUCGUUUGGGUGACCUGCUCAUCAAUCAGUUCUCAGGUCCCAGUGCAGAGCAGAUGCGUAAGACCUACUCAGAGUUCUGCAGCCGCCAUACCAAAGCCGUAAAGCUCUAUAAGGAACUGUAUGCCCGAGACAAACGCUUCCAACAGUUCAUUCGGAAAGUGACACGCUCAGCUGUGCUGAAGCGGCAUGGGGUUCAGGAGUGCAUAUUGUUGGUGACUCAGCGGAUCACCAAAUACCCAGUGCUCAUCAACCGGAUCCUGCAGCAUUCCCAUGGAAUUGAGGAGGAAUCCCAGGACCUGACAACAGCGCUGGGCCUAGUCAAGGAGUUGCUGUCCAAUGUGGACCAGGAUGUGCAUGAGCUGGAGAAAGGAGCCCGACUGCAGGAGAUCUACAACCGAAUGGACCCUCGGGCCCAGGCACCAGUGCCCGGCAAGGGCCCCUUUGGCCGAGAGGAACUUUUGCGGCGCAAACUUAUCCAUGAUGGGUGCCUGCUCUGGAAGACUGCAGCGGGUCGUUUCAAAGAUGUGCUGAUGCUGCUGAUGACAGAUGUGCUGGUGUUUCUCCAGGAGAAGGACCAGAAGUACAUUUUUCCUGCCCUGGACAAACCUUCGGUGGUAUCCCUGCAGAAUCUGAUCGUUAGAGACAUUGCCAACCAGGAGAAAGGGAUGUUUCUGAUCAGUGCGGCCCCACCUGAGAUGUAUGAGGUGCACACAGCAUCCCGAGAUGACCGCAGUACCUGGAUUCGGGUCAUUCAGCAGAGCGUGCGCGUAUGCCCAUCCAGGGAGGACUUCCCCCUGAUUGAGACAGAGGAUGAGGCCUACCUCCGGCGGAUCAAGAUGGAGCUCCAGCAAAAGGACCGGGCACUGGUGGAAUUGCUGCAGGAGAAGGUCGGUCUGUUUGCUGAGAUGACCCACUUCCAGGCAGAAGAAGAUUGUGUCAGUGGGAUGCCUCUGCCCACCCUGCCCAGGGGCCUUUUCCGCUCUGAAUCCCUUGAGUCCCCUCGAGGCGAGCGGCUCCUGCGAGAUGCCAUCCGCGAGGUGGAAGGCCUGAAAGACCUGCUGGUGGGGCCUGGUGUGGAGCUGCUCUUGACAUCCCGAGAAUCAACCAUGCCCUUGGAACUGGACAGUGGUGGUAACACCAGUCCUGGGGUCACUGCCAAUGGAGAGGCCAGAACCUUUAACGGCUCCAUUGAGCUCUGCAGAGCAGACUCAGACUCUAGCCAGAAGGAUCGAAAUGGAAAUCAGCUGCGGUCCCCCCAGGAGGAGGUGUUCCAGCGAUUGGUCAAUCUCUAUGGACUUCUUCAUGGCCUUCAGGCAGCUGUGGCCCAGCAGGACACUUUGAUGGAAGCUCGGUUCCCUGAGGGCCCUGACCGGUGGGAAAAGCUAUCCCGGGCCAACUCUCGGGAUGGCGAAGCUGGCCGGACUGCGGUUGCCCCUGUGGCUCCUGAAAAGCAGGCCACAGAGCUGGCACUGCUGCAACGUCAACAUGCAUUGCUGCAGGAGGAGCUGCGGCGUUGCCGUCGACUAGGUGAAGAGCGGGCAACUGAGGCUGGUAGCCUGGAAGCCCGGCUCCGAGAAAGUGAGCAGGCCCGGGCCCUGCUGGAACGGGAGGCUGAAGAGGCUCGCAGGCAGCUGGCCGCCUUGGGCCAGAAUGAACCACUUCCUGCUGAGGCCCCCUGGGCUCGCAGGCCCCUGGAUCCUCGACGACGCAGCCUCCCAGCAGGAGAUGCCCUAUACUUGAGCUUCACUCCCCCGCAGCCCAGUCGAGGCCAUGACCGCCUGGAUCUGCCAGUGACUGUUCGCUCCAUCCACCGACCCUUUGAAGAGAGGCAGGAGCUGGGUAGUCCUGAAGAACGGCUUCAGGACAGCAGUGACCCUGAUACUGGCAGUGAGGAAGAAAGCAGUAACCGUCUGUCUCCACCCCACAGUCCACGAGACUUCACCCGAAUGCAGGACAUCCCUGAAGAGGCAGAAAGCCGAGACGGGGAGCCUGUGGCUUCAGAGAGCUAAGGGGGACCCUCCCCCCAUCCUGGUGCCCCACAGAAGAACAUUACUGAAGGGGGAAAACCUUGGGAACUUCAUUCUGCCAACAAUGCGGGAAUAUUUGAAAGAACUGCUGAUUGUCCUUGCCAGCUCUUGGGAUCCUUGGAUGCCUGGGGCCAUGUAGGAACUGGGGGUUUAGAGGUUACAGUACCCCUGGUGGCAUCCAAGAGCUAUACCACAGAUGCCAAUUUCUCAUGCCUUCUUCCCUCUACUUAGGAAAUUUUAUUUAUUUAUUGUUUAUUAGUUACAGGGGGGAGAGGGAGAUUUAAAGGACCAGGGACAUGGGAACCAAGCCAUAAGGAUCAGGGGGCCUUGUCCUUUAAACACUACUGGGGUAUGUUCAGGCUUAGCCAUGCAGCUGCUGGGUUCCAGCCUAACACCCACCCCAGCGACACCCAUCUUAAGAGAGGCUGUGGCCACAGAACCUACUGCCCCUUUAAGGAGGGCUGGGGGCAAGGGGCAGGACCGUGGCCCUCUCCCCUCUCCCCUCAGCCUCCUACUGCUGUUCUCCCUGUUCUUUGACCUCCGUGGAAACUACAGGGAGAGACCCCGGCUCCCUGGAGUUGAUGGAGCAGAGCUUAGGGUAGCCAUAUUUUGUUGGGGGUAGAGGAGAAAUCCACAGGGACCAGAAUUUUUUUUUUUUUUUUUUCGUUUUGUACCAAAGCCCAUUGCACGUGUUUUAUAUUUUUAAAGAAGACUGUAGGCACUUCUAGCUCCAUGUUUCUGAACCUGAGGAGUUGGGGAGACACUGACUUCUCCCUUCAUCUGCAGAAAGGGGCUUGCUCCUAUUCUGAGUUCUUCCUUAACCAUUUGGAAGAAGCUCUAGGGUGGGUUAGGAAAUCUAGAAACUUUCACCCCAUCUCUCACCACAGCAACCAGAGUUGAAACCUCAGCAAGAAUUUAGGGGAUUUUUCAGUAGGACCCUGAUGCCCACCAGCACAAACCAUUUUUCUGUCAAUUUGACUGUUUAAAGAAAGAAAGAAAAAGCUCAAGCAGAGAAAAUUAAAGACCUGAAACACAUGA